AUGGGCCCAUCGAUGCUCCCAAUGACAGCAAUUCUUCAAUGGUACGACCCAUACUUCAAUAAAACUUCAAGGGAUAUCGGAAGAUACGCUGCGUUUGGUCCGACAAUCGACAUCGAGUAUCCUUACGAUGAUGAUUCAAAACCUCUUGGAAUCAUUAGCCAGCAGCCCCUUGAUGCUAGCUCUUCGGAGGCAACACCACCCAAAAACCAGACGUUUUUUGCCGGGGACUUGGUUUUCAUCAAACAUAAUGGUUGUAAUUUAAAACAAUUGGAAGAUAUCUUGAAGAACAAUCCUCGGUACGAUCCUAUCAAAAAGAAAUUUGAUCGUGAUGUUAUGGUUUUAAACCAACGAGGCGGAUGUGCGUUUUAUGAUAAGAUUCUAAAUUUCCAGAAACUGGGUGCAAAGACCGUGAUAAUUGGCAAUGAUCAAGAAAAUAAAGGUUUGAUAACAAUGUUCUCGAGAAUUUUACCAGAAGAUAUAGUGAUUCCUUCAAUUUUCGUCACUAAGGAAACCAUGAUGGAACUUGGCAAAUUAAUUAACGCCAGCUCCGAUAAAUCGAUAUCAUUAAAAGUGUUCUCUGGACAAACUCCGUCUCCACUUUUGGAUGCUUUGUUGACUUUGGUGUUUUCACCACCAAUAGCCUUGCUGAUUUUAUACGUCGUCAUGAAAAUAAGAAGAAGCCACAAGAAAAGCUUGGAUAAAGCCCCAAAAAAUGCUGUGAGAAACUUACCAGUGUAUGUCUUCAAUGCUGAUUAUUUGAUCCCUAUAGAUGAGUUUGAGAAAAAAAGAGAAUACUACUCUGGAGGGACCGCCAACGAUAAUAAUAAUAAUAACAACCUGAAAACAUCCCUGAAUAUGUUGCUCAACUUAUUCAAAAAGAGUAACGGUAAAUCCUCGUUAGACCCCGGUGAUAAUCUAUCCACCGAUUCUGAAUCCCUAGAACAUUCGAUCCAACGUCAUCUAUCAAUAGAAGAAUUGAACCAGUAUCAAAUGAACCAAUGCUCGAUCUGCUUGGCAGCGUUCAGGAAAUUGAAAUCAAAAGUGGUUCUUUUGCCCUGUGGUCAUUACUUCCAUUAUAAGUGUUGUUUGAACUGGCUUUGCAAUUAUCAUAAGGUAUGUCCGAUUUGCAAACAUGAUAUUACCAAAAAAGUUAAGCGAGCCUCGGUGGGUCCAAGAAGAUCGUCAUCAAUUGAUGCUGCCAGAUCCACCAUCAGAAAUAUCUUCCGCUAUAAUGGUAACGCUGAGGAUCCUGAUGCUUCUACAGGAUUAAUGGUUGAUAGAGGUACUUCUCCAGGAAUUUCUAACUCAAAUAGCAUGAAUUAUAACUCCUUGGACAAUCCAACUAAUGUUGUGCAGCAGACACAUUUGGAAUUGGUAAUAGAAGACUCGAUUACAGAUAUGAGUAGUAAUGAUGUUGAUUUCUUGGAAUAUAAUAGUGAAGAAAAUCAGCAAGAACUCAGGGAGAAUGAGCAUGAUUUACCUGAGUAUUUAGAUGAUGAGGAAAGAUCUAUUGGUAGUAGAUCAUUCUAUUGA